GUGGGCGGAGCUGAAGGGUGUGUGAAAGAAAUGACCACAAAUGUCAAAUUUCUGCAGUGUGCAUGACGUUUGUUGUAGCUAUGAAAUGCUCGUGUGGCUAAUGUUUGGCGAAUAUAUUCCGAUUUGAUUUAUGGUCCAUCCGCGUUUGGCAAGGAAGCUCGCACGGCAUUGACGGCUCAGUGUUGGCAAUUGAUCAUCCUUUUCUUCUUCGAACUUGUCCGCUUUCUCUAGCUAAAUUAGGUUGUUAAUAUAUGUAGCAAACAUUUCUUGCCUUUUGCCUAAUAAUGCAGGUAUGCAUUUAACUGGCUAUAUCGUUUUGUAGCAUGCUUGAAAAUGCAUCUUACUGAGUAAUCGACCAUGUUUUGGUUUGAUUGUCAGCUAGCUAACAUGAUACGUGUUAUUUAGCUAGCCUAGCAGAAGCAGGGAUUUGACUGCGUACCCUGUCCCGUCAGCUAGCUAGCUGUCUUUCUAGUGCGCUUGGCAUUCCAUAGUACACAUUGGGAAUAAAUAGCACCAACAUGUAUGCAAGUCGCAAGAGGAAAAAGCCCCAGAGAAGUGCGAAGCCACCUCCAGAAGGAGCCAAAUCAAACCCUUCCAAGAGGCACCGGGAACGCCUGAAUGGGGAGUUGGACAGGCUGGCCGGUCUGCUUCCUUACCCCCAGGAUGUCAUCUCCAAGCUGGACAAACUGACCAUCCUCAGGCUUUGUGUCAGCUACCUGCGUGUCAAGAGCUUUUUCAAUGUGACCCGACAAUCCACAGCCUCCCAGCGCCCAGAGUGUAAUGUUCUGAAGAAGCAAGACCUUCACGUUCCAGAGGGAGAGCUGUUACUACAGGUGUUGAAUGGCUUUGUUCUGGUCGUCACGGCUGGUGGCACAAUCUUCUAUGCAUCCUCCACCAUCCAGGACUACCUGGGCUUUCACCAGUCAGACGUCGUCCAUCAGAGUGUUUAUGACAUCAUUCAUAUGGAGGACCGAGCAGAGUUACAGAGACAGCUUCACUGGGCCCUCAACCCCCCUCUCACUACUGACACUGGACAGCUGGUCUCAGAUUCAGCCUCGCCACAGGCUGUCACAGUCUACAAGCCAGAGGCACUUCCACCAGAGAAUUCCACCUUCCUGGAACGCAACUUUGUCUGCAGGUUAAGAUGUCUCCUGGACAACUCCACUGGCUUCCUAGCCCUGAACAUCCAGGGGCGUCUAAAGUUCCUCCAUGGCCAGAGCGAGAGGACCAAGCAGGGCAAGGCCAUCCCGCCUCAGCUGGCACUGUUCGCCCUGGCCUCGCCCUUGCAGCCCCCCACCAUCCUGGAGAUCCGCACCAAGAACUUAAUCUUCAAGACCAAGCACAAGCUGGACUUCACCCCCAUUGCCUGCGACGCCAAAGGGAAGAUGGUGCUGGGUUACACUGAGGCUGAGCUGUGCAACCACGGCUCAGGAUACCAGUUCGUCCAUGCUGCUGACAUGCUGCACUGUGCUGAGAACCACAUGAGGAUGAUAAAGACCGGAGAGAGUGGGAUGACAGUAUUCAGGCUGCUGACCAAGCUGACAGGCUGGGUGUGGGUGCAGGCUAACGCCAGACUGGUCUAUAAGAACGGACGGCCUGAGUGUAUCAUCGCAUCCCAAAGAGUCCUCACUGAUGAAGAGGGAGAGGACAACCUAAGGAAGCGGAGCCUCCAGCUGCCUUUCAGUUACACCACUGGGGAGGCUCUUCUCUACAACACCAGCUUCUCCAAAACUCUGGUAACAGGGGACUCCUUAGCAGGCGACACCACCGGCCCUGCAGAAAAUACCACCAACAACAACCAGGAUGGAACCCUGGACCCUGACUCACUGCUGGGCUCUCUGUUGAAACAGGACACGUCUAUCUACUGCUGCUCCCCUCAGACUCAGAACCAGCUCCCGCUCCAACUCCUGCUGAAACAGGACAAGUCCAUCUACUUGUGCUGCUCCCCUCACACUCAGAACAAGCUCCAACUCCAGGAGGAGGUGGCAGGGCUUCCGCAGGAGGAGGUGGCAGGGCUUCCGCAGGAGGAGGUGGCAGGGCUUCCGCAGGAGGAGGUGGCAGGGCUUCCGCAGGAGGAGUGUGGGGGCAUCUUCUCCAGCAGCUGGCAGGAGGGCAGCAUCCUCUCUCUGUCAGAAGUCCUCUUCAAGCAGGAGCCCUUGGGGGUGGGGGAUG